AACAAGUUUGUUUUUCGGCCAAUGGCAAUGCAGCCUGCACGCAGGACGGCCUUUCUCCCGACAACGCUCCCAUUUCAGCUGGCAGCAUGGGCAACGUGCUUGGCUGGUCCCACAAGACGCUCGACGAGCGCGUCUGGGACGCAGCCCGCGCUGGCGACCUUGCUGCCUUGACGGCGAUUGCGCCCACGCGCAGCAGCAUCGAGUAUCGCGACCUGAGCGCUGGCCGGACGCCAUUCACGAUCGCGUGUGCGCACGGACACGUGGCCGCCGCGCAGUGGCUCCACGCCGCCGGCGCCGACGAGUACGCGCGCGACUAUGAAGGCAACACGCCACUGCACCACGCCUGCCACGCAGGCCAGGCGCGGAUUGUGCAGUACCUCUUGUCGCUGCCCGAGUUUACGCCCUAUGUCCUCAACGCCAAAGGCGACGCGCCGCUCGAGGUCGCGCGGCGUACGUUUCAGGAGCGCGAAGGCGGCAACGACGACUUGCGCCUCGUGGCACUGGCGCGCUGCAUUGAGCUGCUCGAGCAGCGCUGCUCAGUGUACAGUGGUUGGGUCUUCCAACGCGUCGAGACGCUAUUCUCGCAGCUCACAGGUAUCACGGCGCUUCAAACAUGGUCGCGACGGUACUGCAUUGUGCUCCGGACCAGUUCGUCCAUGUUUCUGGAAGUCGCACUGUUUGCCGUGCCCGACGCCGCGCGCCGCCCGCCCGUGCCAAGUACGUCGCUGCUCGUGCAUGUGACGGCGGACGAGCCGUGUAUUCGUGUGACCAACCCAUCGUUUUGGUCGGAUUUGAACCCGAAACCGUUUGGGUUUGAGCUGCGCGGCGCCCACAAAGUCGGAUCGAGCCGCACCCAAGCGCUGCGCCACUUUUCGUUUGCGGCGCUGAGCGAAGACGGUGCGGCCAAGUGGCUUCGGUUCUUUGCCCACGACGCGCGGGACGGUCUCCACGAUGCGCUGGUUUCGCCGACGCGCCAGUUCAAUUCACACGAGCUCGGACGGGCCAAGGUCUUCCCCGAGCCGUCGGCACCGCCGCUGCCCACAGUCGAGAUUGCACAACCGGUCGUGUUUACAAAAGCGACGCUGCGCCCGCGACUGCUCGAGUGCGUCGUGUGUUUUGACGGCCCGCAAGCCGCCGUGUGCGUGCCCUGCGGCCACAACGUUCUCUGCAUGACUUGUGCCACGUCCUUGCUCGAGACGACGCACGUGUGCCCCGUGUGCCGUCUCGCGAUUCGCGAAGUCGUCAAGGUCUAUCGCAACUAAGCUGUCUCUUUAUUUAACCCGCAACCUCGCCGUGUCCGACCUCAA